AUGGCAUCGACAGGAGACGUCCACACGCAGGAUGGUAAUGGGAGUGCUGCUGCAGCACCGUCCAAGUCCGAGCGGCUGAUACCCACCUUGAUGAAGUCGGCCGUUGACCAAACUGUCAAAGCCGUUACAACCGUGGUCCAAACCGAGAUUCGAGCACUCCCCAAGCAGAUAGUUGCGGCCGUUGUUGCUCAGCAAGCUACAGCUCCCGCCAAAACACCAAAGAAGGCCGUGUCGCCUACACCAGACGACGACCAAGCUCUGUCCAAGUCCCAGCAGCUUUGGAACGAUGCAUACGAUGGCUUGGAAGACGGCGGUGCCACCUCUGGCAUUGUGCAGUCAUAUGCGGAGACGUUGACGUUUGCCAUUGCUGGCGGUGACGAAGGGAAGCCGGGGCCAGAGAUGGCCACUUUGGCUGCUGAUUUGAAGGACCCCGUCAAGCGGCAGGCACACAUGCGAGAUCUUGUGCAAAAGGGACGCGAGAAGUUUGCCGACGACUCAAAGCUGGCCCAGACUGUGGGGGAUGUUGCUGGAUUUGUUCUCCAGGCUAGAGGAAUCAUCGACGUUGCCAUCAAAAACGUUCCUCAAGCCGCCUUGCCAUGGGCCGGUGUCUGUGUUGGACUGCAGAUCCUUACUAAUCCGGCUAAAGUCUCCCGAGAGAAUCUCGCAGGGAUCACCCAUGUAGUCUCUCGCAUGGAUUGGUAUUGUUCGUUGGUUGAUCACCUUCUGGAUGAGCGAAGUAUCGUCGAAGGCAAAGAACCCGCCAGUGUGGUCACGCAGCGCCUGGAAACCCUCGUGCUUGAUCUGUACAAGAGCCUUUUGCUGUAUCAGAUGAAGAGCGUUAGCUCUUAUUACAGGAAUUCGGGCUUGACUUAUCUUCGGGAACUCGCUGCAUGGGACAAGUGGGAGUCGGACCUUAAGGCCAUUACCACUGCAGAAGAAGCUCUGAGAGCUGCUUCUGUUCAGUACAAUACCCAGAGCUCCCUUGAACGCCUAUCUGAGCUGAUGAAACAUGGAGACAAGAUGCAAUCAACGCUGGGGAACAUCCACCAGGAUCUUCAGGAUUUCAUUUCUACCCAGAAGGAGAAGGUUGCCGAUGACAAAGACUCUGCUUGUCUCCGAGACUUGUUCGUAAUCGACCCGAUGCGCGACCUUGAAAGGCUUGAAAGGAAGACGGACAAGCUAAUUGACAUUGCGUUUUCGUGGGUCCUGGAUACUGAAGAGUAUACAUCGUUCUCGAACUGGCAUGGAUUUGACUCCCGCCGUCUGCUUUGGGUUAAAGGAGGACCUGGAACAGGCAAGACAAUGCUUUUGAUGGGGAUUGUCCGAGAGAUCUCGACACAGUCAGCAGCGUUCGCACCCAGCGCAUCAUACUACUUUUGUCAAGGCACCGGAGAUCAGACGCGAAACAAUGCUACCGCAGUAUUUCGAUCCUUGCUCUGGAUGCUGCUUAUUCAGCAACCUCGUCUUAUCCAGCACUUGCGUGCCAAACAUAAAUAUGCGGGAUCCUCGUUGUUUACAGACCCGAACGCGUUUAGUGCAAUGUCUGAAGCUUUUGAAAAUAUGCUGAAGGAUCCGUCAUUCACGCCUGCAUACUUCGUGGUGGAUGGCCUGGACGAGUGUGACGGGACUAAAGAAGAUUUAAUUCAACUGAUUUACAAGUCUCUUAGUAUUUCGCACAAGGUCAAAUGGUUGAUUUCUAGCAGACCAGAACUUGAUUUGAUGAAACCAGAUGUGGAUGAGGCUCUGGUUGAGUUGGAUGCACAAAGAUUGGAAGGGCCAGUUCAUGCAUACAUCACUUACAAACUGUCAGGGUUGAAAGAGAACCCUGGAUACGAUGACGAGGCCACUCUCGUGGAACUGUCUAAUGAAAUAUGUGACAGAGCUGCAAAUACCUUUCUCUGGGCGGCGUUGGCAUUCAGAGAACUUCAAGGUGUUGAUGGGAAGGAGGCUAUUGAGACAAUCAAGAAGCUGCCCUCCGGGUUGCCAGACCUGUACAGUUACCUGAUGGCUAAGAUUGAAGAGCAUCAUGGCCUGAAAAGGAUCCGGUGCAAAAACGUUAUCACGGCUGUAUAUCUUGCAUAUCGGCCGCUCACUCUGAAGGAGCUGGGGGUGGUGGCCGGACUUGGUUCUCCCAUUAAACCUCUAGAUAUCGUAAAGGCCUGUGGUUCUCUUCUCAGCAUGACGGGCAGAGUGGUCUCUUUGACCCAUGAAUCUGUCCGAGAAUACUUGUGCCAGAAAUAUGGCAAGUUGCUGGAGCAAGGGGAUGUUGUGCUGAGCCAUCAGGAUAUUGUUAGCAGGUCACUUGUAGAGAUGCAACACACCCUGAAGCACAACAUGUACCAUUUGCCUGGAAAUGGGUACUUCCCGAGGCUCCUUGGUGAUGCAAUCAACGGUUCUGAUAACGAUCCUUUGGCUGGUGUUGCCUACUCUGCGACAUUCUGGAUGCACCAUUUGGUUAAUGCCGGCAGGUCGGAAACUUCUGCAGAGCUCGUGACAUCUGAGAGGGUCCUGGAUUUUUUGAAGAAAUUCUUUCUUCGCUGGAUUGAAAGUCUGUCACUUCUCGGAAGCCUGUCCGAAGGGUUGAAAGCUAUUCGCCUGCUCGCAGCACAGCCUCGCUUUGAAUCUUCAGCGCCGUUAAGGCAGUUUCUCAAGGACGCCGAGAGAUUUCUCAUCAGUCACAAAUCCACCAUCAAAGCGGCAGCCUUGCAGACCUACGGCACGGCCUUACUAUUUGCUCGACCUGAAAGCAGUGUUCGAGUCUUUGGAUGGGAUGAGCGGCUUCCUUUCAUUCGAAACAUGGUCACCACGCAGCAGACCGGGGACUCCAACACGCGGACCCUUGAUGGCCGCUAUGGCGCAGUCACCGCAGUGGCCUUUUCUGAAGACGGAAGCUUCUUUUCAACAGGUACUGAGGGUUCGCUUACGGUGUGGAAGGUUGAAACAUGGAUACCCAUCUGCACAAUUUUCCUCCCCGACUCGACAGGUGUGGCCGAAGAACUUAGCUUCUCUCCCGACUCCAAAUCCGUGAUGGCGGUGUAUGGUGAUACUUUGCACAUUUGUGACGUGGAAACAAAAACACAGAUCCGGACCCUCGUACAUCCCGAGAAGCGUAAAAUUGCCUGUGCCAACUUCCAAUCCGACAGCAAAGGCGUUGUGAUGGUUCUUAGGGAUGCCACAGUUCAUGUGUGGGACGCAGAGACGGACAAGUUUGAGCAGGUAUUCGCGGCAAAGGGCGAGGCUAAGAGCAUCAUUGCUUUAUCACCAAACAACAAGACUUUGGCUGUUUCGUUGCUGCAAAACUUGAUUGGUAUCUGGGACGUGUCCACCGGUUCGGGAGACAGCGCUCGAGUGCUGAAACGCCAUGACGAGGCAUUCCGCGACUUCACAUUCGCGAGUGACAGUAAGACGCUCGGGUCAGUUUCCACUGAUGGCACCAUCUGCCUGUGGGACAUUGAGAGCGGCAUCUGUGCGAGAAGCUUCAGCCCUGGAUGGAACAACUGGCCGACGAUUGCAUUGUCCCCAGAUCUCAAAACCAUAGCAAUGGGUGGCUUGGAGGAUACAACUCGUCUGCUGGACAUUAAGGACUGGAGUCAGCAGGAGGAAGCACAAAGUCACCAUAGCCGGGUGACGGACGUGGUCGUUUCUCCUGAUAAGACUGUCGCGGCAACAGCCUCCCACGACAAAGACAUUCGCAUAUGGGAUAUUGAAAGCGGCGAGUGCUUGCAACGACUCUGCGGCCAUAAGGACGCCGUCCACUCUGUCGCCUUUUCACCAGACGGGCAAUCUUUGGCGUCAGCUUCGGGCGAUAAGACCGUCCGGGUAUGGGAUCUGAAAACAGGUGAAGCUCGCCAAACUUGGCAGGGGCACACUGCAGCUGUCAAGUGCGUUGCAUUCUCUCCAGACGGCAAGAUGGUUGCUUCAUUCUCCGAAGAUAAGACGGUCAGGCUCUGGGCGGUUGAUACGGGUUCGAGUGUGCCGAUCAGGGGCCAAAGCGAAUCACAGUCAUGCAUUGCCUUCUCCAACGACAGUAAGACGCUGGCUUCUGUCAACAAGGAUGGCGCCAUCGCUUUGUGGGAUACCGAGACUGGAAACCAAGUGCAUGCGUUUGAUGCGGAGGAAGCCGACUGCCCCAUGGCGCUCGCCUUUUCCCCAGACGACUCGACGGUCAUGAUGGGGUCUGUCAAUGGCUGCAUCUACGCGCUGGACAAGGCAUCCAACUCGAGACGGCAGGUUCUUAGCCAGCAAGAAACCUUUUCUGACAUGGCAUUCGCGGCUGAUGGGGAGACUAUCGUGACGACGGCGGGCUCCGUGCCGAGCAGCGCGUCUGUGCAGACAUGGCUGAACAAGAAGACGCCAGACAAUACACUUUUUGUGUACAAGCCGGUAGCAUUCCCUGGUAUGGAGUCUGAAGCGAGACUGGGCGACGUGUGGAUCGAGGGACGUGGUGUUUUGGCGCUGCUGCCGACCAGCUAUACAUCGAAUGUGUUGGCUGUCUGUGAAGACAUUGUGAUUUUGGGGCACGCGUCGGGCAAGGUAACAUUUCUCUAUUUUGACUUUCCCAAGAGACCUGAUACCUAUUCUGCAUAG